AUGAGUGGCUACGAGCACUCAGACCCCUUCGACGAGGGUAGGCUCCCCGUCGGUUCGAUCCAUCGACUUCACUAUGAACAGUAUGGAAAGCCAGACGGAAAGCCAGUCGUAUAUCUCCACGGUGGUCCAGGAGGACACACCCAAAAAAGCAAUACAUCCUACUUCAACCCAUCCAUCUACCGCGUCAUCCUCCUCGACCAACGCGGUACAGGCAAAUCCCAACCAGCCCCCGAAAUCCGAGAAAACACUACCCCAGACUUAGUCGCCGACAUCGAGGCCUUAAGAGUCCACCUCAAAAUCCCAAAGUGGCACCUAGUCUACGGCGGUUCCUGGGGAUCAACCCUGGCCCUGCUCUACGCACAAGCCUACCCAGACGUCGUAGGAUCACUCGUUAUCUGGGGAAUCUUCACAACCAGUAAAGCAGAGAUAGACUGGUUCCGCGGUCCUAUCGGUGCAACGACGAUCUUUCCAGAGGCAUUUGAAGCUUUCGUUAACCAUCUCCCGCCUGAGGAACGGGGUGAUCUUACGGGGAAUUACUACAAGAGACUUACGUGCGAUGACCAUGCAACUCGCGUUGCGGCUGCGAGGGAGUGGAAUAGAUGGGAUUUAAGUAUUGGUUCGUUAACGACUGAUGAAACCACUUUUAAACAGUUGGAUGAUGAGGAGUGGUCUGUUCCGCAUGCGGUUCUGGAGGCGCAUUACUCGGUGAAUGAUUUUUGGUUGGAGGAUGGUCAGAUUAUGAAGGAGGGGAAUUUAGCCAAGAUGCGUCAUAUUCCGGUUACUAUCAUCCAGGGACGGUAUGAUAUGGUCUGUCCCCCGCAGAAAGCAUGGGAAUUACAUAAAGCCUUGCCCAAGUCGAAGUUGAUCUGGAUCCCGGAUGCCGGGCACACUCCCAAGGAACCUGGUACCCGAAUCAAGUUGCUAGAGGCGUGCGACGACCUUGCAAUUCAAGACUUUGGAGCGUGA